AUGGCCCUCUUAUCCCAUCAUACACUCGAAGUUGCAAUGUCGGGUUUCGAAUACGACGAUGUUCUCGAUUUCACAGGCACAUCAGCUUCCCUGGGAAAGGGUUCUUUAUCUGAUAUACGGCAGGGAGUUGUAACUGCUCCAAUAUUAUUUGCUAUGGAAGAGUUUCCUCGGUUAAAAUCGGUGAUUCAGCAGGGUUUUGACAAUCCUGCUAAUGUUGAUACCGCUCUAGAGUACCUAUGGAAGAAUCGUGGAAUACAGAGGUCGAAAGAGCUAGCAAUAAAGCAUGCUAAUCUUGUUGCAGCAGCCAUUGAUUCUUUGCCCGAAAGUAGCAACAUCGACGUAACAAAGUCGAGACAAGCACUUAUUAAUCUCACUCGAAUACUCGUCACUAGGAACAAAUGA